CCGCAGGAGCGGCGAGCGGCCUUCGCUCCGCGGGGCUGGCUCGGCUGGCGGCGGCGUGAGGCCCCGCUGCUCCGCGCGCUUCCCCGCCCGCCAAGGGUCGCAAGGCUUCGGUUUGUCUUCCUGCAGCCCACCUGGCAUCGUCCUGAUGGGGGGGCCCUGACGCGGAUGCCGAGCAGGCCGACAGCCCCUCCGAUGUGAGCCGGCUGCUCCUGGACUUCAGCAGCCCCUCGGCUCCCUGAGACCCGCGAGGAGGCCACGCUCACGUACACCUUGGCAGCCAGCCUUGGACGGUGCCACCGGCCCUGGUCAUGGGGUGCGUGCUGCAGCCGGAGGGAAUGCCCGGGGCCGCUCUGGAAGAUUAAGAACAGCCUUCUCCCUGGCAUCUCCGAGGGUUAGGCUGCAGGACGGACUCUGCCCCCGUUGCCAACAUGGAGACCAAAAUCCCACCUGCUGUCACACCGACCAGCCCCUCUUCCCCUGGGCUGUCCCCUGUGCCACCGCCCGACAAAGUGGACGGUUUCUCCCGCCGGUCGCUGCGCCGGUCCCGCCAGAGACGGUCUCACAGUUCCUCCCAGUUCCGGUACCAGAGCAACCAGCAGGAGCUCACGCCUCUUCCUCUGCUGAAAGAUGCUCCAGUUUCAGACCUCCACGACCUCCUCUGCAAGAAGCUACAGCAGUGUUCCAUCGUCUUUGACUUCCUCGACUGCGUCGCUGACCUGAAGGGCAAGGAGAUCAAGCGGGCGGCACUGAACGAACUGGUGGAGUGCGUGGCCACAAACCGUGGCAUCCUAAUUGAGCCGCUGUAUCCCGAGAUCAUCAAGAUGAUAUCAGUCAAUAUUUUCCGAAUUCUUCCACCCAGUGAGAACCCUGAGUUUGAUCCUGAAGAAGAUGAGCCCAACCUGGAACCUUCUUGGCCACAUCUCCAGCUUGUAUAUGAAUUUUUCCUCCGAUUCCUUGAAAGUCCAGACUUCCAACCCUCAGUUGCCAAGCGCUACAUAGACCAGAAAUUCGUAUUGAUGCUGCUAGAACUGUUUGACAGCGAAGACCCCCGGGAACGUGAAUACCUCAAGACCAUCCUCCACCGGGUUUAUGGCAAAUUCCUGGGCCUUCGUGCAUAUAUUCGCAAGCAAUGCAAUAACAUAUUUUUGCGGUUUAUCUACGAGACAGAACAUUUCAACGGAGUGGCCGAAUUGUUAGAAAUCCUUGGGAGUAUAAUCAACGGCUUCGCCUUGCCCUUGAAGACCGAACACAAGCAGUUCCUGAUCCGCGUCCUUAUCCCGCUUCACUCGGUGAAAUCACUCUCCAUUUUCCACGCCCAGCUGGCCUACUGCGUGGUUCAGUUCUUGGAAAAAGAUGCCACGCUGACGGAGCAUGUGAUACGCGGCCUGUUGAAAUAUUGGCCGAAGACCUGCACCCAGAAGGAGGUGAUGCUCUUAGGGGAAAUUGAGGAGAUCCUGGAUGUCAUUGAACCUUCACAGUUUGUGAAGAUCCAGGAGCCGCUGUUCAAGCAGGUGGCACGAUGCAUCGCCAGCCCUCACUUCCAGGUGGCAGAACGGGCCUUGUAUUUCUGGAACAAUGAAUACAUCUUGAGCCUGGUGGAGGACAAUUGUCACACAGUACUGCCUACCAUCUUUGGCACGCUGUACCGUGUCUCCAAGGAGCACUGGAACCCGACCAUUGUGUCUCUGGUCUACAAUGUCCUCAAGACCUUCAUGGAGAUGAACGGGAAGCUCUUUGAUGAACUCACUGCCUCCUACAAGGUGGAAAAGCAGCAGAAGAGUGGCCGUCCCCCCUUCUGUCUAGCUUCAGAAGACGUGGUUGAAAAUUGAAAGGUUGAAAAACUCAGCAGGAAAUCUACGGCUGCUUCCCACAUUUCCCAGAUUCAGUUGCCCACCGAUAAUAAACCCCACCCUGACUCUCUGGUGUUCCUUGACCUCUUAUCUCUUCUCUUUCUAUAAAACCUCUCCCUAUGUGCAUGUCUGGAACAGUAUGACCAAAUUCGCAUGACAGGUCAGUUCAGGAACGUGCUACGCUUGGUUUAAUCUUGGUUUGGUUUUGUGAAUGGGGGUGGGCUUGGCCUGUUGUACAAACCCAACCCAUUGUGUUAGUUGAUGGUUCAGUGGAGAAUCGCAGAACUGUGGGGUUGGAAGGGAUCCCAAGGAUUCUCUACAUCAGUGUUUCUCAACCUUGUCCA